AUGUCUGGAACGAUGAAAGCAGCGGUUAUGUAUGAACCUGGUGGACCGGAAGUCUUCAAACUAGAAACGCUACCCAUCCCGCAACCAUCCAAUGAACAGGUGCUCAUCCGCAUCAAAGCCUUUGGCAUCAACCGCUCGGAGCUCUAUACUCGUCAGGGCCACUCACCUGGUGUACAUUUUCCCCGGGUACUAGGCAUCGAAGCCAUCGGUACUGUCGAAAGUGCACCAGGAGGACAGUUCCGAAAAGGCGAAAUCAUUGCCACAGCCAUGGGCGGCUUGGGACGCCAGUUUGAUGGCGGGUAUGCAGAGUUCACCUGUGUACCUGUUACACAAGCACAAGUCUUCCAUUCCACGUUACCUUGGGACGUACUUGGUGCGAUCCCAGAAAUGCUCCAGACCGCAUGGGGAUCCCUUUUCAGGAGCUUGCGACUGAAAGAAGGAGAUCGGUUGCUGAUUCGAGGUGGAACGUCUUCCGUUGGACUUGCUGCUGCUGCUAUCGCAAAGAAGCAUGGUGCAGUUGUCGCCUCCACCACAAGGCGAACCGAUCGUGAAGGGAUACUACGUGGGAAUGGGGCCGACGAAGUAUAUAUUGACGAUGGAAAGAUAGCAAGCAAGUUGAGCACAGCCGCCAAAUUCGAUAAGGUUCUCGAACUUGUCGGGACUACGACUCUCGAAGACUCGCUCCAUUGUGCAAAGGAAGGAGGUGUCGUCUGCAUGACUGGUAUGGUGGGAAAUAGCUGGGUCUGGCCAAACUUUGCACCCAAUAGUGAUAUUCCAACGGGGGUGUACUUGACUUCGUACAUUGGAGGGACAGAAGACUUUAUGCGAACGCCAUACGAAGAGCUCAUCCGACAAAUUGAAGAUGGAAGUAUGAAGAUACAGAUAGGAAAGGUCUUCAAGCUCGAUGAAAUUGUGGAAGCCCACAAAUGUAUGGAAGAGAACCGAGCCGGCGGAAAGAUUUUGGCCAACGCGCCGCAACAUGGUGGUCGUCCAAGAGGCGGCAAUUCAGGCACAAACUUGAACCCUUCCAACUCCGGUAUAUACGAGCCCGACACCAUGCCCUUAGUUAUACCCUCCUAUGUACUUUCUCUCCCAGAUGUGAACUCUAUCACUCCUUUCAGAGUUGCGAUGGACGUUCCUGCACCUGACGGAGGGGGUUUUUUUCUCGGUCAUUUGGGGGAGAUACGUAAAGCAGACGCCGGUGACUGGCACGAGGAGAUGAUUGAGAAAUAUGGGCAUGUCCUACGUUACAAGCAUUUCUUCGGGGGCGACCGGCUAUUCACUAUUGACCCCAAGGCCAUCAACCAUAUCCUCACCAAUUCAUUCCUCUAUAAAAAGCCGGAUCAGAUGAGAUACACGCUGGGCAACUUCCUUGGCGAAGCGAAGGUAUGCUCUGAAUUGAGGGACACAGAAGGUACCACCCUUGACAUCAUCGGUCUUGCUGGUUUCAACUACGAGUUCAACGCCUUGAAGGACGAAAGCACAGAUUUAUCCUUGGCCUUUGAAUCCAUCCUUCGGACGACAAAUAGUUUUCCCAUCUUUCAAGUACUCAAGGAACAAUUCCGGUUUUUACGACCAAUCUUGAGAUUCGACGGUCUCUCGAAAAAUUUGGAAUAUGCUCAAAAAACGAUGCAAGCGGUUGGAUUGGAGCUUAUUGCCCAGAAGAAAAAGGAUAUCGCGGCGGAAAUGGAGUCUGGGAAGAAGAGUGGCGCAAAAGACUUGCUAUCACUGUUGCUCAUGUCGAACCUAGAUGAGAAAGGAGAGAAGCUGACAGACCGCGAAGUGCUCCACCAGAUCCCAACUCGACUUCGCCAAGAGCUACGCACCAUCAGCACCGACUUCCCAACCAUGGAAGAACUCAAUUCACUUCCAUACCUGGAUGCUGUCGUCCGCGAAAUCCUUCGAUACCACUCGGUCGUUCUGGGCACCGUCAGAACGGCCUCCGAAGACGAUGUUAUUCCAUUGGAAACGGAGUUUACCGAUCGACAUGGAAAAACAAGGAACUCUAUUAGUCUAGGUCUAUUUGGGGCGAGGACGCCAAAGAAUUCAAGUAAAUAUUCCUAUUCGGAAGCGUCGAGGGAUUGGAUGCUAACAAGACCUCCAGCCCGGAUCGAUGGCUCGCCCCUCCAAAGGCUUCUUAUUCCAUUCCCGGUGUUUGGGGAAAUCAACUUACGUUCCUUGGUGGACCACGUGGUUGUAUCGGUUUCAAAUUUGCGGAUGAAAGCUCUGCUCUUUGCACUCAUUCGCAACCUCGAAUUCGAUCUUGCAGUGCCAAAGGAGGAAAUACUUAAACGAUCUUCGUAUGUUCUGAUACUUCUCUCUGAAGAAAAGUCAACAUACUGUACGCUGAGCUUCUCGGUAGAUGGAUAUUCAUCCAGCAAAUCGGUUUGGAGGCAAGGAAAGAGCGAAGAGGUGCCAAAGGACAUGGAAGCCCAGGAACAGAUAGGAUUAGAUCCUCAAGAGUUGAUUAGGAUUCUCAAAGAUGAUCCAACCGACAGUCCCCAUCCUGAUAUCCUUCCACGUAUUUGGUGGUGUGCUACGGGUCCACUGGCAUUUCUUCCAAUACACGCGGCUGGAAUAUAUGAUUUGGACUCAGAAUCACAACUUGCCAACUAUGCUAUAUCAUCUUACACUCCCACAUUGUCUGCCUUACUCGAAUCAUUCAAGCACACUUCGGAUACGCACUUCAAACUACUCUCAGUGAUACAACCAUCGGCUCCAGGUACCUCACAUAUUCCGAACACCAAGCAGGAACUUGAAAAUAUUCGACAGAGGUUUAUCAAUCGAGAACAUACGGUACUUGACGGUGAAGAUGGAAUGAAAUCACGAGUCACAGAAGCAAUGAAGCAAU